AUGGCCCGCAAGGAGCCCAAGGGCUCCCAGGAGCCCGCGGGCAGCUCGGUGCACAAGGCUUUGCAGGCCCCCGCGGGGCAGCUGGGCCGCGGGGAGCAGAGGGCGAAGAAGGCCAGAUCGGCCCAGCUGGUCUCAACAGCAGUGAAGGGCCCAAGGGCCGCACAGGGCAGCGGGGACUGGCUGGAGUUCCGGGCCUGCCAUGACAGAGGGAAGGAGUGGGGAGAGGCUGCUUGGGACAGGUGCCUAGAGGGGCACGGCUCGGAGAUGAGGCGUGUGCGACCGCACCGGCCGCCCGGCCUCGUGCAGCCCUUCCCGUCGCCGUCUGGGGACUGUCAGUUUGUGAGCGUCGUUGGUGGCUUUUGCAAGCCCGGGUUGGGUGUGAGGAGCCGCACGGCCCACCAGUAUGGAGACCUCAGCCACGGCUCGCAAGGUGCUCCGGGAGCAGAAGGCCCCGAAGGAAAGCUUGGUACACAGGUUCCCAUUCCUACUCUGUACUUCAACGUCGGGCCGCUGCGCGAGGGUUGGGGCUGUGGGCGAACGCCGCUCAUGACGCGGGCUGCCCCGCAACGCGGCACGGCCAUGGGGCUGCCCUUGGAGAGGGUCUCCCAGGAGCUGGGGGCAGCCCAGGCAGAAGGGGACCGCCCGGUUUUGCUGGCGCGCAAGGUGACAGAGGCCACAGUGGGCUCCCUGGCCACAUGGGCCCUCCAGGAAGACCAGGAGCUGAUGGAGACCCGGGCUCACUGGGUGCAAAGGGUCUACCGGGAAAGCCUGGCUUGGAAGGACCGCAAGGACCUGUCGGCAUGUAUGGCUACCCAGGACCUGUUGGUGACAGAGGGAAACCAGGACCCAGGGGAGAAAAGGGAGAAACUGGAGCCCAAGGCCUGCCAGGAUUCCCAGGAAAAACUGGUCCCAAGGCCCUGCCAGGCCACCCUGGCCCGAGAGGUCCUCCCGGCUUCCAGGGAAGACCAGGUGAUCCAGGUCCUCGAGGGCUUCCAGGGCUGCCUGGUGUUCCCGGCAUGCAAGGACUGGAUGGCAUUCCCGGGAAACCUGGUUUGGCAGGAGAAACAGGGGUUUCUGGAAGGAGUGGGGCUGCUGGCCUGCCUGGGUACCCAGGCCGGGAAGGUGUAGGUGGACCUGAAGGGCCUGUGGGGAGGAAAGGAGAGAAGGGUGAUGUUGG